UCUCGUGGGGCGGCGGCGGCCAUUUUGUCUGCCUGCCGGGCGGCUUGAAUGAGAGGAGCGCCCGCCGCCGCCGCACCGCUCCGUCGCCUCCCGGACCUCCGCCAUGUCCACGGCCCCGGGCACCCCCCGCGCUGGGGGCAGCAGCGGCGGCGCUUCCUCGGCGGCGGCGACUCCGCUGUCGCCGGCGCGGAUGUCGCGGCUGCAGGAGAAGGAGGAGCUGCGGGCGCUGAACGACCGGCUGGCCCACUACAUCGAGCGGGUCCGCUCCCUCGAGCUGGAGAACGACCGGCUCCUCCUGCGCGUCUCUGAGAAGGAGGAGGUCGUCACCCGAGAGGUUACUGGGAUCAAAGCCCUGUAUGAGUCGGAGUUGGCGGACGCCCGUCGGGUCCUCGAUGAGACCGCCAGAGAGAGGGCGAAGCUCCAGAUUGAAAUCGGAAAGCUGCACUCGGAGCUGGAUGAGCUCAGUAAGAGCUAUAAGAAGAAGGAUGGCGAGUGGUCCACAUCUCAGGGCCGCAUCAAAGAGCUGGAGGUCCUCUUCCAUCGAAGCGAAGCAGAGCUCACUGCCACCCUGACUGAGAAGCGCAACCUGGAGGCCGAGGUGGCUGACCUGCGUGCCCAGCUGGCAAAGUCGGAAGAUGCGCACAGUGUGGCAAAGAAGCAGCUGGAGAAGGAGACCUUGAUGAGGGUGGAUCUGGAGAAUCGCUGCCAGAGCUUGCAAGAGGAGCUCGACUUCAGGAAGAGCGUCUUUGAGGAGGAAGUGCGGGAGACCAGGAAGCACCACGAGCGCCACGUGGUGGAGGUGGACAGCAGUCGCCAACAUGAGUAUGAGUCCAAGAUCGCCCAGACCCUGGGAGACCUGCGUAACCAGCAUGACGAGCAGGUCCGCUCCUACAAGCUGGAGCUGGAGCAGACUUACCAGGCCAAGCUGGAGAAUGCCAAGCUCUGCUCUGAUCAGAAUGACAAAGCUGCCAGUGCUGCCCGCGAGGAGGUGAAGGAAGCCCGCAUGAGGAUCGACUCGCUAAGCUACCAGCUGUCUGGACUGCAAAAGCAGGCGAACGCUGCAGAAGAGCGAGUCCGGGAGCUGGAGGAACUGAUGGCCGGUGAGCGAGAGAAGUUCCGGAAGAUGCUGGAGGCCAAGGAGAGGGAGAUGACCGAGAUGCAGGAUCAGUUGCAGCAGCAGCUCAUGGAGUACCAGGAGCUGCUCGACAUCAAGCUGGCCCUGGACAUGGAGAUCAGCGCAUACCGGAAGCUCCUGGAAGGGGAAGAGGAGAGGCUGAAGCUGUCUCCGUCCCCUCCGUCCCACAUCACUGUCUCACGGGCCACCUCCAGCAGCAGCGCUUCGGUUGGCCGCCCAUCCCGAGGGAAGCGGAAGCGGAUCGAAGCCGAGGAGCUUUCCGGCAGCAGUUCCAGUGGGAUCGGCACCGGGGGCAGUGCCAGCAGCAGCAGCUUCCAGGUGUCCCAGCAAGCUUCGGCCAAAGGCAGUGUCAGCAUUGAGGAUGUCGACCCGGACGGGAAGUACGUCCAGCUCAAGAACCAUUCUGACAAGGAUCAGUCUCUUGGGAACUGGAGACUCAAGAGGAGGAUUGGAGAUGGGGAAGAGAUGGCUUACAAGUUUACACCAAAGUAUGUCCUCCGGGCCGGGCAGACUGUUACUAUCUGGGCUGCUGAUGCCGGAGUGGCCCACAGUCCGCCCUCCGUCCUUGUGUGGAAAAACCAGAGCAGCUGGGGCACCGGAGCCAAUAUCCGCACUUACCUGGUGAACUCGGAUGGAGAGGAAGUUGCUGUGAGGAGCUUGACACAGACAUCGGCUGUCCUGCGGGGGAAUGAGGAAGAUGAGGCGGAGUUCGGAGAGGAGGAUCUCUUCCACCAGCAGGGGGAUCCCAGGACAACGUCCCGAGGAUGUGCCGUCAUGUAACAAGGGAGCCUUUGGCUCGUCUUUCCUUCUCUCCUUGCUCUCUCUUUUGUUUGUUUUUGCCCAGAGCCAUUUAAAGCUAUUUUUAUACGCCUCUUAUGUUUUGUUUUUAAAAUCAAAUUGAUUCCUUGGUACACUUUUAAAAGAAAUAAUGUAAUCAGCCAGGGCGAGCCUUGUGUGCUGAGGUCUUUGUUUCUCUCCUGCCCCCUCCCCCAGGUUUGCGACUUCCCCCUCGGAAGGAACGGUGCAGGCCAAAGGACCAUGCCGCUGCAAGCAGUGCCCAGUGCGGAUGUCACUGCUGCCGUACUCCUCCUUGGGAAGGAGUGGAUGGCUUUGACCCUCCCAUGUUGAAAGGAAGUUGGUGUUUGCCCACCGCUCUUCUGCUGCAUGUCCCCCAAAGGGUUGUGUCAUCUGACCCCCUUGCACUAGAUCAGGCCAAAGGUGCUUGUAGGCCAGCACUCCUCGGGGGAAGGGCGGGGAGUAAGUACACUUGGGAUGCUGCUGCAGAAGCGCAGCGGGUGCCCCGCGACCUUCCUUUGAUUUUCAGGCGGUCCCUCCCUCCCUCCAGCUUCUCUUCUCCACCCCUCUUGGCACCCCAGCCCUGGGCAGCAUGUCCGUGUGGUGCUAAGCAUGGUGUGGCGGGUGGAGCAGCAGGAAAACACGGGGCCUGUGGCAGGGGAGUGACGGGGCCGGUGGGCCUGAGCCUUUCUGCACCCUCGGAGUUCUCGGCUCUGGUGCCGUUGACUUUGCUGUGGUAUAGAAUUCACGGCGGGCAGGGCUGUCGAUGGCUACCAGCCUGGCAUUUCCAUCCGGCUCAGAGGGGGCAUGCCCCUGACACCAGGUGCUAGGGAGCGCUGACGAGAGGGGGCAGAUGCCCUCCUUUCCCCACUUGUGGGCCUCCCCAGUGGUCAGUCACUGGGUGAAGCAGGAUGCAAGACUAGGUGGGCCUUGGGCCUGAUCCGGCAGGGCUUUGCUUAUCUUCUUGUCCCAUGAGACUUCUUCAUGGAUUUGAGCUGACUGACGAUCAGGCGUGCUUCAGCCAGAGAGGGACACAGUGGACACUGAAACACUUUGAGGCUGCCUUUGUAGACGUGUGAUAGGAGCUUCCCUCUCCCAGCUCCUCGGGGUUGAAUGGGGGUGGUGGGUUGGAUGGUUUUGCUCUUGGCUGUUGGCAAAGCCUGAGUGUGUCCUUGGGCUGCAUUUCAGCCAGCAAGGAAGAAACAGCCAAGCAGGCCUUGCAGAAAGAGCUUAGAAACACUCAUGUGGAGGGAGAAGGGAAUCUGCCGGCCUCCCCAAAUGCUGGGUUUGGGUUGUGCUAAACUAGGCCUCUGAAUGGCAGGAGCUGCCUCCAACUGAAUUACUCGUUAUGAGAAACAUGUCCCGGGCUGACAUCGCUCCCAUAAUGCAAGGCCCCUUUCAGGCAGGGCUCCAUUCCUGAGGGCUAGUCUCUUGAGAUUCAGGUUUCUAAAUGUGAGUAUGAGGUCUGAGUAGCUGUGCUCUGUCCAGUCGGAAGCACAAAUGAAAAGACUCCAUUUCCAUUGUAACAGGCGCUGAAUUGGCAGUGGAGGUGGGUGGUUGGGCUGUGAAUUGGUGGGGACUGUUCUUGUAUCCCAGCCGUGCUCCUUAAGAGCUGCGUCUGGCGGGGUCUCUUAAAUUCUGUCCUUGAAGCGCACUGGGGCUGCUUCUGACUCCUGCUUAUGCUUUUCUUUAUAAAAACAAACAAAUAAAAAAGAUCUUAAGAAGUGAGCUGUCAACACGUGAGCCGCUGUUCACCCAGGCAUGUUUGGCCACUCAUCACUUGAUGAGGUGCCGCUUGGUAGCGCUCAGUUGGAUGCGCAGACCACCUCCCCUGAACAGGGCUAAGCUCUGACUGCGGUGGUUGAUCUGUGGUGACCGUUGGACAUGCAGGCUGAGCCCUGGAGGGGGCUUGGGCAGAACUCCAGAAGUCAGCCCUCCAGACAGAUGGGGACUUGGAGAUGCUCAUAUGCAAAAUGCUCAGGAACCUCCCAAGUUAGCGUCGCAAACACAGGACUUUGGGCUCCUUCUGGACGCUAAACAUGCAAUUCCCAUGGCUCCUGAGUGGCUCUUGCUGCCUGUGCAGAGAAGAGGGCCCAGGGAUGGCUUCUGCCAGCAUUUGUGUGUCCCGGUCAGGGAAAGAGCAUUUUGCCGGCAGGAAUGCCCCCCGGGGUCAGUUGGUGGCUUUGCUGCAGGGCACACUGGGUGGGGAGAGAUGGGAUCUGGAAACAGAAUGUCAAACAAGCUCUCUAAAAAAAGAAAAGAAAUCAAAAAUGCAAAGGUGCUAAGAUGCCACAGAGGUUUCAAUGCCACAUGGUGUGUAAAUUACCAAUGUUGAAUUGAUGUAAAAUUGUGUUAGAUGUAGAGGUUCAAAUUCAUUUUUGAUGAGCCAUUUGUGCAAAAGCCCCAGAAAAAUGUAAAUCUCACCCCACCCCACCCUUAGGUAAUAUCCCUACUCAGCUUGAAUAGAUGGCUGAAUAUGUAGUAGACCAUGCUUACGUCGUCACUCCAAAAUCUCUGUGUCUCAGGUAUGGCUUUUAAAAAGGUUCCCUUGCUGCUCCCUGCCCAAGGGCUGCUUCCUCCCAGGCUCCCUGCUGCCGCCUCCUCUGACCCCAGCCCACUGGCCAGUAUCCCUAGGCCCCUGCGUGGUUUGCCUUACUCAAGAUGUGAAUGUUCAAAUGUGCUACUUCCAAAGGCUGAGUUGAGCAGGCAGCUCAGCGAGUGCCGUCUGAGCCAUUUCCCCGCCCCCAGCCCCACGUAGCCGAGGAUGCAUGCAGCUGCUUCCAGCGCUUCGCUGAGCCUGGGAUCUCCCCCGCUUCCCCUUUUCUUCAGAGCGUGUCCAGAAGUCUGCAGAGUCUUCACACUGGUGCAGAGCCUGCCCAUGGGGGAUCAGGCCUUGGUUGGGCUCUGGAAACAGGAAACCGCUGCCUGUGUAUGCCUGUGGCAGUUUGUGGUUUUUUUUUAAAGAUCCCUUAGUCAAAAGUUCAUUCCAGAAUAGUCUGGAGUUUACUUUCUCUUUGGCUGUGACAACCUCACCCCACCCCUCCUUGCAGGGACUCUGCAAAAGUUCCCAGUAGCAGCAUCAGCCAGGGCUGAAAUGGGAGGCAUUUCUGUCCCUGGCAACCCCCAUCCCUGUGUGGCCCAGGGCACAGGUUUUGGAGAUGGGGCCUUGGCUGACCUGCAUUCCUGCUUCUGGGCAGAGCAAAAAGCAGUCCUGUGGGAAAGACCGCCUCUCCUCCUGCUGUGGUCCCCAAAUGCUGCACCCUCCUUGAGCUCCUGGCAGGGGGGCGAACUCCCCUCCCACAGCUCUGCCUCCAGCCUUUGUGCUGCCACAGACAUCCCGACCUCUGUUCUCAGAGGAGCCACGCUUGUCUUCACAUCGUCCUCUCAUGGGGCAAGUCUUAACCUGCUGGUACACAGAACCUGAACAUUCCUCUCCCCCACCUGGGCUCCGUUGGGUCAGGCCAAGGCCCAUCCAGUCCGGCGUCCUGCCUCCCGUUGUGUGUAAGGGGAACCCCUGUACUCGGGCAGUGUAUAACUUCUGGGGUCUUAAGGCCUCGGGAUGUCGUGUGAAACGCGCGGUGUGUAUUGAGUCUCUGGGGCCGUGGGUUUGGGGAAACCCACGACUCUGAGAACAUGAACGUAUCUGGGGAGACAAGCUGAGAGCCGGACAAGUUGCAGGCUCUGUGGGAGGUCUGCUCACCACUUGGGGGGUCCUUCUCUUUCCCCCAAAAGCGCUACAGUUAAUUUAUCUUGCCCGAGUUGAGGCAGGCCGUGAAAGGCUGGGUGAGCUGGGAGAGGGAUGUUUGGCUAUCACCUGAGACACAGAAUUUUCUUUGCCUGUGAAAUAUGAUUAGCUUUGCUUCUUCUUCUUUUUUUAAGUAUCAUUUUUAUUCUAGAUUUACACAUGAUUAUUUGUAAAUGUUAAUGCAACCUUGAAAUGCUAACGUCUAGGGAGCAACCCCUUCAGAGAAACACAAAGCACUGGACUCUCUCUUGUGGAGGCAUGGGGCAGGGAUCUGGGCAGUCCCCAUUUCCACCUUCAGUCAGUACAGGAGCCAGCUGGGGUGGUUCGUGCCAUCUGGGGGGACGAAUGUGACUUUGGACAAGGUCUCCACCCCUAGAAAUGGAAAAGAGAAGAUAGCAUUGCAAGACGUUCAGCUUUCAGUGGGUUCUCAGGCUUUUAUUGUCCUGGCCAUAGGGUGCAGCAGCCAAAUUUGCAAUGGUGUUUUAAAAGGCUUGAAAAGCUUAAUAUAAAAAACACAACCACCAUUAUAAAAUGGUAAUCAACAUUCUCAGAGGAAAGAGAAUGAUACUAAGUGUCAGCAUGGGUGGAUAUACUUCAGUCUGGGCCUCAUCCACUUGGGGGGCAUCUGCCUUUCUACUGCUGAUUGUGGUGCUACCCCAUCCAUUUCAGGGAGGCGUUUUGUGGGAACCCCGUGCAAGCCCUCCUUGAACUGAAUGGCUGCAGUACAUGGUCCCACAGCAGGGCUUCCCAGCCACAGGUUGCCUGGUGUUGCUGGAAUACAACUCCCAUCAUCCCCUGCCACAAGCAGGGGGUGAUGGGAGUUGUACUCCAGCAACAUCUGGCAACCCAAGCCCUGCCCCACAGGGAGCACAAAUGCGUCUAGUAGAUGCCCAGCAAUGGGACACUAAAUGCACAAGCAAUAAAGUAUUUGAAAUGCAACAAAGUAAGACCAGCUUUGCCUUUGCACAAAUUUAUUUCCUAUGGGAACUCUGUUUUAUAACACUGCUGGGUGUGCGGCUUGUUUUGUUUUUUAAAACGGGGCAGCUGCAUUUUUAACACUGAUGGUGUGCCAAGGCGUGGGCCGCAGCCUCUUGCUUGACACCACUCAACUACAAAUAGGAAAAGGAGCGCAGCAGCGAAACAAGCGCACAGCUUUGUGAAGGAGCUCUGAUCUAGACUUUUCCAUUUCAAAGGGGUUGUUUGCUUUGUUACCGAUAUGCAUGCUGAACGUCUGUCUUUUUCAAUGAUUUGUAAUACACGUUUUUUGACUGGAAGACUUUUGUACGAGACGCACUCCAAUAAAUGUUUUGCAUUUUUA